AGUGUAAAUCAAAAAUAAGAAUAAUAAAACAAGGAAAACCAAACCGCUAACCAGGAAGAUCGGACCAAGCAUAAACCAUUGAAACCCGUUAAAAUCUAUAAGUUUCCAUGUGAAUUGAGCCGAACCAGUGAAUUGAGCCCAACCAGAUAUAGAAACAGGAGAGAGAAACAACCAAAAGGGAAAAGAAGCCCCAAAAUCCUCUCCCGAUCGCAGCACUGCGAUCUCCUUUCCUUCUCCUCCCCGAUCAGUGUUUCGGCCACCGCUUGCCGAGGCCAAGGCGGCGAUCGACGGAGACCUUGACUUCGGCCAUCCCUUCAACGAUCGAAGCCUGAACCACGAAACAAGGCUAUCUCCUGCGACGCCGCUACCUCCUUCGACAGUUCUCUCUUUCUCGACUUCCGGCGAGCUCAAGCAUUUCCGGAACUUCCCUUUGCUCAGUAGACGAACUCCAAAAGGAAGUUAAAGCUUUAAAAUUUAGCAGAGAGGCAAGAGAUGUUGUACAUAGUUGGUCUGGGAUUGGGAGAUGAGAAGGACAUCACCAUUAGAGGCUUAGAAGCAGUAAAAAAAUGCGAGAAAGUUUACAUGGAAGCGUACACUUCUCUCCUCUCCUUUGGCUUAUCCGGAGAUGGACUUUCUACUCUGGAAAAUUUGUACGGGAAACGAAUCACCAUUGCUGAUAGAGAGAUGGUAGAAGAAAAGGCUGAUGAUAUAUUAUCAGAGGCUCGUGUGUCUGAUGUGGCUUUCCUUGUUGUUGGAGAUCCUUUUGGUGCUACAACACAUUCAGAUCUUGUUGUUCGAGCAAACACAUUGAGGGUUAAUGUCAAAGUAGUACAUAAUGCAUCUGUGAUGAAUGCAAUUGGAAUUUGUGGAUUACAAUUAUAUCGCUAUGGGGAGACCGUCUCAAUACCCUUUUUUAGUGAUACAUGGAGACCUGAUAGCUUUUAUGAGAAGAUACGAAUAAAUCGUGAACUUGGAUUGCAUACGCUUUGCUUGUUAGACAUACGAGUGAAGGAACCUUCGUGGGAAUCAUUGGCUAGAGGAAGGAAGAAGUACGAACCCCCAAGAUACAUGACAAUCAACACUGCAAUUGAACAGCUCUUGGAAGUUGAGCAAAGGCGCGGGGAAUCUGGUGAGUCCCACAAAGAGUUUUGCCAUCUUCAGGAUUUCAUGCUCAUAUGAUGAAGGGACUAGCUGUGUUGGUUUUGCUCGGCUGGGCAGUGAGGAUCAGAUGAUAGUUGCUGGAACAAUGAGGGAACUGCUGGCAGUUGAUUUUGGAGCACCCUUGCAUUGCCUUGUAAUUGUAGGCAAGACCCACCCGUUAGAAGAGGAAAUGCUAGACGCUUACAAACAUGGAAGAGGGAGUCUAAACCAAAAAGACGAAUGAUUUUGCCCUCACAAAUUGAUGGUUGAGGUACUUUUUAUCUGGAGAUCAAAGAUUUUGAUUAUUGGACUUCAUGUUUUUCGUCACUUGUAUUUAUUGUGACUUCUUAUUUGGGGAGAUCGGACCCUUGACUUCAUAGUUCUACAGGCAAUUGAAGAGAAACAUAUUUUGGUGGCAUACAUGUUUUCAUCCUUUUUUUAAAAUGCUUAGGUUUUUGUAUCAGAGUAAAACUAUUCAUCUCAUCUAUCAAAUCUUUUUUUUUUUCCGUA